AUGGCGGGCGUCACCACUGCCCUCACGUCCGCGUGCGGCUUCAGUCACGACAGCGACGCCGCUUCUUCAACCGCCACCAGUGGCUCCGAUCCGCGCCGCGAGGCUCAACAAGCAAGACGACGGCGACACUCCUUCUUCAUUCCCCGGCGGAAAUCCAUCGUUGGCCAUAUUAUGGAGGGCGAGGAGAACCUGCUGCUCAAGGUCGAUCUGUUCCUGACCGAGCUGGAGCGCCGCCUGGAGUUUAUCGAAAACUACGUUGACCUCAGCAAAGACUCGAGUAUAUCCCGCGCAUUCUCGACUCUUCAGGCCGUCCGGACGAGAUGCUCGCAAGCGUCCGAGGAGGUCAUCGGCGCCGGCCGACGCCGGCUUCACAUCAUGGUCGAAACCCUCGAGACCCGGUACCAGGAGACGUUGGAGGCGACAGAAACACUGCAUGACAAGGCCGUGCUGGGCAUCGAGCUGCUGGAAGGCAUGUUAUCCGAGUUUGAGAGCCGCGCGUACAAGCUGCGCGAGCAGGGCUUUGCCAAUGCUGCCACUGCCGCCGAGGCAUUCAUGGACGAGGGCCGCAGGGUGGCAAACGAGAGCAUCGAGCGAGCAAAGUCGGUCGUCGACGAGGGUAUCGAGCGUGCAGUCCGGGCUGCUCUGUCUCUGGAGGAACAUAUCCAACAGGCCGUGUUGCUGGCGCGGGAUCGAGGACUGCUCCUGUACGACGAACUGCCCACGCCGUGGCGGAACAACCCUCACAUCUUGAAGGGCUAUCGCUUCCGUGAGACAAAGAUUGAAUGCAUCACGUCCGUUUUCAACAUGUCCAACGAGUUCAUCAACAUAUGGUCCCAUGCCCUGGGUCUGAUCCUGGUGCUGGCCGUUGCUCUAUAUUUCUACCCCAGCAGCGCCAACUUCUACCUCAGCACCAAGACGGAUGUUGUCGUAGCCGCCAUCUUCUUCAUGAUGGCCUGCCUAACGCUGGUGUGCUCCACCAUCUGGCAUACCAUGAAUGCCGUGGCAGACGCCAACGCCGUCUCCAUGUUUGCAUGCGUGGACUACACGGGCAUCUCGCUGCUCAUUGCCGCCUCCAUCAUCACGACCGAGUACACGGCCUUUUACUGCGACCCCAUCAGCCGGUGGACGUACAUGUGUCUGACAGCCAUGCUCGGUAUCGGAGGCGUCAUCCUGCCGUGGCACCCCAAGUUCAACGGUGCCGACAUGGCCUGGGCCCGAGUCGGCUUCUUCGUCGGCCUUGCCUUGACGGGCUUCAUGCCCAUCCUGCAGCUCUACUUCUCCCACGGGCCCGAGUUUGUCUACAAUUUCUACUCGCCCAUCAGCAAGUCCCUCCUCGUCUACCUGAGCGGCGCCAUCGUCUACGCCAGCAAGGUCCCCGAGCGAUGGUUCCCCGGUUGCUUCGACUACAUUGGAGGCAGCCACAAUCUCUGGCACGCGGCCGUCCUGGGCGGCAUUCUCUUCCACUACACAGCCAUGCAAGAGUUCUUUGCCAAUGCUUUCAGCCGGGCCGAAGGGGGCUGUCCCGCUUAUUAG